AUGUCUUUCAAAUCGAUCUCGGUAUUUGUCGUCAUACUCGGGGUUCAGUCUACAAGCACUAUCGAUCUAUUCCCGGCAAGCGAUAUUAUUGAAUUGCCAGUGGGCAGGUUUCCAGAACCCGAUUGCGAGUACAGUGUUCGCCACAGAUCGCGAGAUGGUCCUAGAGUAACAGGGAAAGUUGAUAUUGGAGAUCUCCUUUACCACUCCUGGAAAUGCCAAUACAAAUCCCAGAAAAAUUACCUAUUUUGUAUAAUUAUCGGCUCGUGCACAAUAUCUGACGGCUCUCAAAGUGGUGAAGAACGAAAAAUAAAAAUCAUUGAUGAUGACGGAUGCUCUGUGUUUCCAACAAUUCUACCUGACGUUGAAUAUAUCGGAGAUUUAUCUGCUGGAAUUAAGGUUCACGCGUUUUCGCUAGACGUGGAUACGACAGCUGUUCACUUUACUUGUAACGUCCGCAUGGUGUUUAAGGAGAAUGGGCACUGCCAAAGACCUAAAUGCCCCAUUAAAAAAUAG